CCGAUCACACACACACACACACUCAGCAUUGCCUCCGCUGUCGCUGUUCCCUCCUAUAGAUACACCCCGCCUAUAUCUACUCAUCCACUUCCAUUCCUCCAUUAAACAAUCAAACAUCUUGACUAUUCACUCCUUGCAUUCGUUCAUUACAGCCGCCGAUUGGAUUGGAGCGGAGCGGGAGGAGGAUGGAUCCGCAAGCUGCGAUGAUGAAUGACUCAGUAGCAGGAGGAGUAGGAGGAGGAGGCGAUUUCCAGUCCGCUGCUACUUCGCCGUUUAGUCUCUCGGAGAUCUGGCCUUUCCCGAUCAAUGCCGCCGCGGCGUAUGGAUUGGGGCUCGCCGCGAAUGUCAGUGCUCUGACUCGAGAUCAUCAUUGCUCGUCGAUGAGUGAUCCGAUGUUUUUGGACCAGAGACUGAAUCAGAAUGGCGGCGGUGGCGGCGGAGGCGGAGGAGGAGGAGCUCGAAAGCGACGCGAGGAUGAUGAAACUGCUAAGGGAGUUUCGACCAGUGGCAAUGGCUUGAGUGAAAGUGAUAGUAAGCGGCUGAAGACCAAGGGAUCAAAUGAGAAUCCAGAGUCUAAAGCUAAUGGAGAAGAGACUUCGGGAAAGCCAGCAGAACAAUCUGCAAAGUCCGCUGAACCACCUAAAGAUUACAUUCAUGUUCGAGCACGGAGGGGUCAAGCAACUGAUAGUCACAGCUUAGCAGAAAGGGCCAGGAGAGAAAAGAUUAGUGAAAGAAUGAAAAUUCUCCAAGAUUUAGUUCCUGGUUGCAACAAGGUUAUUGGCAAAGCACUGGUCCUUGAUGAGAUAAUUAAUUAUAUCCAAUCCUUACAACGUCAGGUCGAGUUUCUGUCAAUGAAGCUUGAAGCAGUUAAUUCAAGGGUAAGCCCUGGCAUUGAAGGAUUUCCUUCAAAAGAUUUUCAACCACAAGCAUUUGAUGCAUCUUCCAUGGCAUUUGGUUCACAAGCUACAAGAGAAUAUCCUCGGGGAACUUCACCAGAUUGGUUGCACAUGCAAAUCGGAGGUGGAUUUGAAAGAACCUCAUGAGUAAAUAGUCCUUAUGAAUCUCCGAUAAGAGGAUUGAGAAGCAAAUGCUUCUUCCUCUGGCAAAAAUACAUACAUAUUUAUUAGUUCACACAUCAAGCAUGGCAUUGGUGGUUGAUGAAUGUCCACUGGGACUGCUGAAAGCGAUCUUGUAAUCAUGUUUCUUCAUAUACCUCUAGCAUGCUCCUCCAUGAUUUGUAACUUACUGAACAAUAUCACUGAAAUGAAAAUUGUUUAUGUGAGAAUAUGGUUGUUCAGUACUUGUCAAGCUUUGCCAGAGUUUUUGACCAAUUUGGUGUAUCAACAACAAAGUUGAAGAUAUUUCAAUAAUGAAGUAUAAAUGCCAAUUUCCAAGUUCAUAUUA